AUGACCCUUCCUAAAACACAACAGGUGGUAUAUUUGGAUGGUACUAGUGAAGGAUAUGACACUAUCAAGCCAGUAUUUGACUUCCCAGUUCCUACAAUUGAUGGUCCAACGGAAAUGAUUAUUAAGAAUAGAUAUGCGGGAGUCAACUAUAUUGAAUCGUAUUUCAGAAAGGGGAUCUACCCCAUUGAAAAGUUCCCUUAUGUCAUGGGAAGAGAAGCACUGGGUGAAGUUGUAGCAGUUGGAAAGGACGUUACCAAGUACAAGGUGGGGGAUUUUGUUGCUUAUGUCAACCCCAACACUUUUGCCCAAUUUAACAAAAUCACAGAAGACAAGGUCCAAGUUUACAAAUUGAAGGAUGGAAGUCACUUGAAGGAAUAUGGGGCAGCGAUCAUGCAAUCUUUAACCGCUUUGACAUUCAUUACUGAAGCUUACAAUGUCAAGAAGGAUGAUAUAGUUUUGGUGUGGGCAGCGGCUGGUGGCGUUGGUAAGAUUUUGGUACAAUUAAUUAAAUCAAGAGGUGCUAAAGUGAUUGCUCUUGCUUCGUCUAAAGAGAAGCAAAAGGAAGUGCUUGCAUUAGGUGCAGAUUAUGUUAUUAAUUCUAAAGAUUCAGAUAUCACUGAACAAGUACUUAAAAUCACAAAUGGCGAGGGUGUUCAUGCCUCGUUUGAUUCUGUUGGUAAGACAUCCUUUGAGACGUCCUUGAAGAGUUUAAGAAGAAAGGGUACGUUUGUCAGUUUUGGGAAUAGUUCAGGACCAGUGGAGCCAUUUCCGGUAACCAUUUUAAGUCCUAAGAAUAUCAAGUUUGUUCGCCCUCAAGUAUUUGCUUACAUCAGCACCGACGAAGAGUGGAACUUCUAUGCUAGCCAAGUUGCAGAAUUGUUGGACAACAAGAAGUUGGUCAUUGACAUUUACAAGGUAUACCCCCUAGAAAAGUAUGCUGAAGCAGCUGCUGAUUUGGAGAGCAGAAAAACUUCCGGUAAGUUACUAUUGGACAUUCCUCAGUGA